AUGAACCAUUCACUCAAGAUUUACUCAUUGCUUCUCAUCAUCUGGACAGUAGCCAUUGCCGCGCAAGAUGUGGUAGCUACAGCUCAGCCACCAGCACCUACGAGUACUGGACUCUGUGCAUCGCAAGGCGUCGUUGAUAAAUGUGUGGAUACUAUGAAACACUCCCUUCAGAUAUGUUCUGAGAAUGACUGGGACUGCAAGUGCUCCGGGAGUGCGAAUAUUGCAAACUGUUAUGAAGAUUGCCCGGAUGACCCAGCUCGAUUCUCUGCUGAACUAGUGAGCGAACAAGAUUGCGCGACGGCCAACGCAUACGACAAGGGACUGUCGACGGUCACAAAUUCAUGGUCUACACCGGGCCCCGAGACAGUUACAGCAACUCCUACGGAUACAAGUGCGACCUCUACUGGUGGACCUACAAAAUCCGUGAAUGGGCUGGAGGAAUCUGCUAGUCCCUCAGAGGGUGCAGCGGCGAUCAAGUCAGUUGUUAGCUGGCUUGCGUUUGUUGGCCUAGGAUUUGGAAUUAUGGUUUGA